AUGCUAUCUACUGCGCAAAUUGAGGCUCUUAAGAAAUGGAUACUUGAGCAGUAUUACCUAGGGCUUGGAGCUACUAGGAUACGAUAUUUGCCGCAGUCUGCAAACUCCGGAGCCCACAGGUGGCUCUCCGGUGGCUACAGCACUUUGCGCAGCAUACAGCUCAAUAUGAUAAUGGAGAGCCAAAGGUUCUACUGCUUGACUCUCAUGUUAGCCAUACAAGCGAUGAUUUUAUCAUUGCAGCUGAAGAACACAACAUUAUCAUAUAUACCUUCCCAUCACAUCUUACACACGUUUUACAGCCAUUAG